GGAACGACCCAGUAUAGCAGCGGAAGAAUGUCGUGAAAGUUUCUGUACGAAGUACAAUUAAUCUACAAUUGAUAUCUUCCGUAAUACUUAUCUGGUGUUCGGUCAGGUUGUCCCAUACUCAUGAUAUUUAUGACAGUGGAAUGGCGUUAGUAAAUCAAUUAAAAAAAUUUUCGAGAUCAAUUCUCAGUAUUGCAUCGAAUUAUUCAAAAUAUACAAGCAACACAAUGUUGCCCUUUUUGCAGGCAACAAGAGCAACAUCGACCACGCAACCACUUUCAGAAAAACAAGAAGUAAAUAUAACGUUUGUUAAAGCAAGUGGAGAGAGAAUCAAAGCAAAAGGGAAAGUUGGAGAUACUAUAUUAGACAUAGUAGUAAAUAAUGAAAUUGAUUUAGAUGGAUAUGGUGCUUGUGAAGGUACUUUAACUUGUAGUACGUGCCAUUUAAUAUUUUCGAAAGAAGUUUAUGAUACACUUCCUGACAAACCAACAGAUGAAGAAUUAGACAUGUUGGAUUUAGCAUAUGAAUUAACAGAUACGUCACGUUUAGGCUGUCAAAUAAUAAUGUCUAAGGAACUAGAUGGAAUUGAGGUAAGAGUUCCAUCAACAAUUAAUGAUGCAAGAGCAUAACUAAGAUUGUCUAUAGGUUUUUGAAAAUUUGUACACAAUGUUAUAAUUCUCUUGUUAAGAAACUCUUGUUAUAAUUAUUAAAAUAUUGGUAUUAAAAGAAUAUAAUAAAGAAUCUUGUGUUUAAAUGCGAAGCUUAUAUAUAUACAUAUGUUAUAGUAUAAUUACAAUUUUAAUUGUACAUUGUCAUUGUAAAAAACCUAUACAAUUAUGAAGAAAAUAUAUCUUUUAUUAUUAAUAUA